UUUUGUAUUUUUUUAGUUUUUAACUCAUUUUAAUAAUAUAUAAUUUUCAUUGAUUUCAUAAAUAAUUUCUUCUUAUUAAUAAUUUUAAAUAAUAGGUAAUUUUCAAUCCCAAUUAUAAUUUCAUGGUAAAUAAUAUAAACAUCGUUAGUGGAUUUAAUUUUUUAUUGCUAAUUAAAAGAAAUAAGAUAUUAUGCACUCGAGGAACUAUAUCUCGUAGAACUUGGUACCCUCGAGUUGAUAGUAAGAAGAUAAACGUCGUUUUACUGAAGGAUUCCGAGGGUUUGGGCAAAGCAGGGGAGAUUGUAACUACUUCUAGAGGUUUUGCCAAUUAUCAUCUUUUUCCAAAUGCUAUCGCAGCUUACGCAAACUGGUACAAUAUCGAUCUUUACUGUAAUAAGGAUUCUGAUUCCACUACACAUUCAACUAAACGAGAUGUACUAACGGGUGAAGUUUUAUCAAAGGAUGUUAAACCUGAAUAUGUAUUAUUCAGUAGUCGUUUCAGAAAGUUUGAUUUGAAUUUUGAUGUUAGAACGUUUGUUUCUGAUUCCAAGAGGCUCUGUUCUCCCAUAUCCAUAUAUCAAGUUCUUGAUGAAUUCUCCAAUAAAUAUACUAUUGACAUAAUUCCAUCUCAGAUAAGAGAAAUAAGGUGUAAGGAUACCGGUUCAGUCCUUGAUAUCUUUGAUGCUUUUGAAUAUAUGUCCUUUAGAACUGUUGGUACCUUUGAAAUUACUAUUAAAUUCCCUCUAACUGACGACCCUGAUAAUGCUAUAAAGUUUACCCUCUCCAUUAAUUCUCUUGAUUACGCGUCAAAACAUCAGUCUGAUACUUUAGACUUUCAACUACCCAGUUAAUAUUUUGUUUAUUCUUA